AUAAACGAUUUAUUAUACAACCUUGAUUUAGUUUCAGGAAUUAUAUAAAUUAAUACUAUACUACUAUAUUUUGCAUUGAUUUAUAUAUCUUACACAUCUUUUUUCCCAAAUUAGACGAUCAAUAAUUAUCAACAGAAAAAUAACUUCAUCGUUCCCUUAGUAUACUAAUCGAUCGAUCCAUCAAAUCAUCACUGAUCAUCAUAGUCUUUAACACCAAACUUCAAUUGAAUAUAAUCAAUUUGUAUCAAAUCGAAUCAUCUUUCGACAUUCAUUUUUUCGUAGGAUAGUGAACUGAUAUUUGCAAAAGAAGAUAAUUCAUCUAAUUGUCAUCACAUAAAAUGUUCCGAAACGUUUUACGAGGUGUUACAUCUUCUUCCUCAACUUUCGUCAAAUCUCCAUCACCACUAAUUCUAUCAUCAAUAUCACGUCCGUCCCGAUUGGAUUUAUUGCGAAAUUCAUUAUGGACAAGUUCUGCCAGCAUUUUAAAAUGUCCACAAAAAUCAGAGGACUCCAUUAAAAUGGAAGAUAUAAAUCAGCCACAUCAAAUUCCCGAACGUUUCAAGUAUGUGAUCGAUGCUGAAAAUCCAUCGUUUUUCCACAUGGUCGAAUAUUUCUAUCAUCGUGGUUGGCAAAUCGUUGAAGAUAAAUUAAUCGAUGAACUUCGAGGACGUAUGACUAUUGAAGAGAAAAGAAAAAAGAUACGCGGUUAUUUGAGUAUUAUUGGUCCAUGUCAUUCUGUGCUCGAAGUUUCUUUUCCCCUUAAACGUGACAAUGGAGAAUAUGUAAUGAUCAAAGGGUGGCGUGCUCAACAUAGUCAUCAUCGUCUUCCAACCAAAGGUGGCAUCCGUUAUAGUACAGAUGUCUCAUUAGAUGAAGUGAAAGCUUUAUCCGCAUUGAUGACAUUCAAAUGCGCUGUUGUCGAUGUACCAUUCGGUGGAGCUAAAGCUGGCUUGAAAAUCAAUCCCAAAGAAUACAGCGAAAAUGAAUUAGAAAAGAUGACCAGAAAUUUUGCAUUGAAUUUGGCCAAAAAAGGAUUUCUAGGGCCUGGAAUUGAUGUUCCGGCUCCUGAUAUGGGUACUGGAGAACGAGAGAUGAGCUGGAUUUCAGAUACAUAUGCACAAACGAUUGGCCAUACAGAUUUAAAUUCACAUGCCUGUGUCACUGGUAAGCCGAUCAAUCAAGGUGGUAUUCAUGGUCGCAUCUCUGCAACGGGUCGUGGCUUGUUUCAUGGAAUCGAUAAUUUUAUCAAUGAAGCAUCAUUUAUGGCUAUGAUUGAAUCUACACCUGGAUGGGCUGGUAAAACUUGUAUUAUUCAAGGUUUUGGUAAUGUUGGUUUGCAUGCGAUGCGAUAUCUACAUAGAGCUGGUGCUAAAUGCAUUGGAGUUAUAGAAUAUGAUGGUUCUAUUUACAACCCUGAUGGUAUCGAUCCAAAAGACUUGGAAGAUUAUAAAUUAAGCAAUGGAACUAUUGUCGGUUAUCCUAAGUCGCAGCCAUAUCAAGGAGAAUCUUUAUUAUAUGAACCAUGCGAUAUUUUAGUUCCAGCUGCUACAGAGAAAGUUAUUACCAAAGAAAAUGCUCAUAAAAUUCAAUGCAAGAUUAUCGCUGAAGCUGCUAAUGGCCCUACAACACCUGCUGCAGAUAAAAUAUUGAUUGAUCGAAAGAUUUUAAUCAUCCCAGAUCUUUAUAUCAAUGCCGGAGGUGUGACGGUUUCUUAUUUUGAAUGGCUAAAAAAUUUGAAUCACGUUAGCUAUGGUCGUUUAUUAUUCAAAUAUGAACGAGAAUCUAAUUAUCAUCUUCUCGACAGCGUUCAAGAAUCAUUGGAACGGCGUUUCGGAAAAUCAGGUGGCCGUAUACCGAUAGUUCCCAGUGAAGCUUUUCAGAAAAAAAUAUCCGGUGCAUCAGAAAAAGAUAUUGUAUUAUCCGGUUUAGAUUACACAAUGGAACGUUCAGCUAGGCAAAUCAUGCGAACCAUUCAAAAAUACAAUUUGGGUUUAGAUCUUCGAACAGCGGCUUAUGUGAAUGCAAUCGAGAAAAUUUUCCUCACCUAUAAAGAAGCCGGAUUGACAUUUACAUAGAAAACAAUGGCGAUAUUCGUUUUGGAUUGAGUAUACCUUGUUGCAUGUUUUUUUUUUGGUUUUUAAUGAAAAAAAUCUACAAACUAAUCUAAAUUCAUAACCAUUGUAUCUGAAAAAAAAGAUUUUAGAUCAAUUUUUUUAAUUGUGUGU